GACACAAAUACAAAUAAAAGGCACCAUUUGUCAACUUGUAAAUCGUUUAAAAUAUUUACCUACCUAAUGAAAAUAACACAACAAUAACAUUCGUUUAUCGAUAAAUGUAGUUCACUUCACUAUCACCUCACUGUCACAUCGACAUCGAACUGCGUUUCAUUUCGCUGUCAUCUGUCAAAUAAUCGCAGUUCAUCCACUUCACUUUCACACCAGAGAAUUAAUUUCUACAAUUAAUUUAAUAGGAUUUGCUUCAAUUUUCAUGUCAUAAACUGAGCCUACACAAUUUUCUGGACUACACUGAUUAGGGGAUUUUAAAUUAUGGCGGGUUACACAACGGAGACGAGGCUAUGCCAACCGUCUUUGACCCAAGUGGAUGUUCUCCUAUCGUUCCUGGAAACCCACGUUCAUUUAGCCAACGGCUACUCCAAGACUCAGCGUAACAAGGAACGAUCACAAAAGGAGUGGUCCCGGAUUACUUCCAGGUUGAAUAAUGUUCCCGAUGGCUCGAUGAAGACUGUGAAACGAUGGAUGAAGUACUGGAGUGACAAAAAGGGUGCGGUGAAGAAGAAGCAAGCAGCCAUAGAAAAACUCAAAGAAGAGGGCAGGGUUGAAGAAAUUCCAGAACUAUCGGAGACAGAGGAGAGAAUCUUGGCUCUGCUGCGAGCGGGUGCUAUAGCUACUGCGGCACCGACCAACAGAACUAGGGUUAAAACUGAACCGAUAGAUAUCGAUACAGUGGAGAGCUCACAAAACAACACGGUCACAACAUUCGUUUUGGAGCAUCAUGUCGAAGAAGAAACUGAUGAUGAUAUUAACGAUUCAGAAGAUAGAUUCCUUUCGGCAUAUCGUUUCAAUGACUCAACUGAAAUGACGACAUCCAAACAAGAUCACACACCUACAGUUUCAAGCACAAGACCAGAGGAAUCUACUUUUCUGUUGGUGGCAGAUAAAUUGUGUCAAAUAGAACAACAGCGAUUGGAUCUUGAUAGGAGAAUGUUGGAAGUGCUAGAAAGAAAUAGCGAGAGGGAUGUUGUGCUAGCUGAAGCUGUCAAAGCGAUGGGAGAAGGACUGAAGGCGAUAGCUGAAGCGAUAACCAAGAAGUGACCUUGUUCCGGUAGGAAAGAGAUGGAAAAUCAACCUGAAGUCCUGUGAUUGGGUGGUAUAUGAAUAGGAUAGAUGACAUUUUUUGUUUCCGGCUCUUUUAAUAGAAACACGAGGGAAAAAAUACUGUGAUAAUGACAAUGCUUUCAAAGAUAUGACAAAUAUAAAAUGAAACAUUUUUGGACUCGUCCAAAUGCUCCACACUAAAUGAUACACUAACGUGACGUCACGAUUGUGUAAUAUCUUAGCAAAAAAAAACUGUGUUCGACAGCUACAUUAUUGCAUUUACGGUGAUGAUUUCUUAAUAAAAGUUGUUACAAUUUUUUUGUUUAUAAUGAUGGUUUUGUUUAUUUUUAUAAUUACAAUUAUUUUUUAUAAUGAACUUUCCAACCAUCUUCGUAUAAUGAUCCAUCAGUAUUGCUACAUUCUAUGAAUUAACACAAUGAUCUCAAAAUAUAUCUUAUCUAGAUUAUACAUGUUUUUUACAAACUUGUCAUCUGCCCUAUUAGAUAUAUACAAAUUGACAUAAAAAAAUUUAGAAGAUUAAUGUGUUUUGUGUCGAAUAUUGUAAAUAUUUUAUUAUACAACUGUAAAUAAUAAUAUUUACUAAUGUACAUAAUAGCAAAUUUUAAGCCAAUAAAUGCAUUG